GCCCAACCAGCCGGACAGCUUCUUCCAAGACGGCGAGGACUGCGUGGUGAUGAUCUGGCACGAGGGGGGGCAGUGGAACGACGUGCCCUGCAACUACCACCUGACCUUCACCUGCAAGAAGGGAACAGUGACGUGCGGUCAGCCGCCGGUGGUGAAGCACGCUCGAGUGUUCGGAGCCUCGAAGCCUCGCUAUGAGAUCGGCAGCAUGGUCCGCUACCACUGCAAGCCGGGCUUCAUCCAGAGACACGCCCCCACCGUCCGUUGCCGUGACGACGGGGAGUGGGACCUCCCCAGAGUGGCCUGCAUCACCCCCGCAUCCUUCCACCAGUCACACGGUUCCCGGGAACGCGGCGGCGAGGUGCGGAACAGG